UGGCCCCACAAUGUUGGAAUUGGGCUCCUGUUCAGUCAGCGCUCAGACCCUGGCGGACCACAAUGCUCUUGAGGUGCCCCAGCUGGCCAGGGUGGGGGUGUCAGGGAGCAGCACCCCACACCGCUACGUUCUCCACCCCGAGUCAGAGAACUGGCACAAGGACCGUCUUGGCCUGGCCACCGGCUCCCACUCCUGCUCCCUAAUGGAACCCCAGAGCCUGUCAGACAGCCUGCUCUCCCACACAGCCAUCAUCGACACUCUCUACCUCCCCCACAAUGCCCAUGCCCCCCGUGGCCUCUCCCUGGAUGUGGACAUCUCCUACAACGGGGUCGAGGGAGUGCUGGGGAUGGACCCCGACCGGCCCGUCAGUCCCAUCGUCAUUAAGCGCCGCCGGGGGGGCCUCAUCGAGCAGCGGGACAUCGUUAAGGCCCACCAGGCUCACAAGAUCCAGAGCACCCCACAAGCCCUGCGCAAGGAAUGGGAAAUGUCCCGGUUCGGAGACAACGUUCCCGCCUUGUUGGGCUCCGGGAAUGGGGGCUCCGAGCGCAACAGGACCCGGGAGGGAGCGCCUGUGUCUACAGGUGGUGGAGUUUCCCCAGCCUUUAAACAGACCAAAGCGCAGAGAGCUCGCACCAUGGCCCUGUACAACCCCAUCCCUGUCAGACAGAACUGUUUCACCGUCAAUAGAUCACUCUUCAUUUUCGGGGAGGACAACAUUGUUCGGAAGUACGCAAAGAAGGUCAUAGAGUGGCCUCCGUUUGAGUACAUGAUCCUCGCCACCAUCAUCGCCAACUGUAUCGUCCUAGCCCUGGAGCAGCACCUGCCUGGAGAGGACAAGACCCCCAUGUCUAAGAGACUGGAAAAGACAGAGCCUUACUUCAUUGGGAUGUUCUGCUUUGAAGCUGGGAUUAAAGUGGUGGCAUUGGGAUUUGUAUUCCAUAAAGGCUCCUACCUGAGAAACGGCUGGAACGUCAUGGAUUUCAUUGUGGUUCUGAGUGGGAUUCUGGCCACAGCGGGAGCUCACAUGAACAUCCCAGUGGACCUGCGGACCCUGAGGGCCGUCCGUGUGCUCAGACCCCUCAAACUGGUCUCUGGAAUCCCCAGCCUGCAGAUAGUCCUGAAAUCCAUCAUGAAAGCCAUGGUGCCGCUGCUCCAGAUUGGCCUGUUGCUCUUCUUCGCCAUUCUCAUGUUUGCCAUCAUCGGCCUGGAGUUCUACAGCGGGAAGCUCCACAACACCUGUCUGCCCAUGCCCAAUAUCCUAGAGAAUGAGACGGUGGACAAGUCUGAGUCAGAGUUCCCGUGUGGGGUAAGGAAGUGCCCUGACAAGUACACCUGCCAUGACACCUGGAUCGGCCCCAACGACGGCAUCACCCAGUUUGACAACAUCCUGUUUGCUGUGCUCACUGUCUUCCAGUGCAUCACCAUGGAAGGCUGGACCACCGUGCUCUACAACACCAACGAUGCUUUAGGCCCCACGUGGAACUGCAUGUACUUCAUCCCUCUGAUAAUCAUUGGCUCCUUCUUCGUGUUGAACCUGGUAUUGGGAGUGCUCUCAGGAGAGUUUGCCAAAGAGAGGGAGCGGGUUGAGAACCGCAGGGCGUUCAUGAAGUUGCGGAGGCAACAGCAGAUUGAGAGGGAACUCAAUGGCUACCGGGCCUGGAUCAACAAAGCAGAGGAGGUGAUGCUUGCAGAGGAUAAUAAGAAUUCAGGACCGUCUGCUCUUGAUGUGCUGAAGAGGGCCACAAUCAAGAGGAGAGGACUGGACCAGCAGUAUGGUGACAUCGCUUCUGUGGGCAUCCCGAUGACCAGAGCCAGCAUCAGGAGUGCUAAGAGAGGACCCACGGCUUAUUUGAAGCGUAAGGAGCGUCUGCUGCGGAUCUCUAUCCGCCGCAUGGUGAAGACACACAUCUUCUACUGGACCGUACUGGGCCUGGUGGCCCUCAACACACUCUGUGUUGCCAUCGUCCAUCACAACCAACCCCACUGGCUGUCUGUGUUCCUCUACUAUGCAGAGUUCCUCUUUCUGGGUCUGUUUCUCACUGAAAUGUGUUUAAAGAUGUACAGCCUGGGACCCAGACUCUACUUCCACUCCGCCUUCAAUCGCUUCGACUGCGGGGUGAUAGUGGGAAGCAUAUUUGAGGUGAUGUGGGGAUUCUUCAGGCCUGGCAUGUCCUUUGGCAUCAGUGUGCUGCGUGCGCUCCGUCUGCUGAGGAUAUUCAAGAUCACCAAAUACUGGGCGUCGCUGAGGAACCUGGUGGUAUCCCUGAUGAAUUCUAUGAAAUCAAUCAUCAGCCUCAUUUUCCUCCUCUUCCUCUUUAUCCUGGUCUUUGCUCUGCUGGGCAUGCAGCUCUUUGGUGGCAGGUUCAUCUUUGAAGACUACACUCCUACAAACUUUGAUACUUUUCCUGCAGCCAUCAUGACUGUAUUUCAGAUCCUGACAGGAGAAGACUGGAAUGAGGUGAUGUACAAUGGGAUCCGCUCCCAGGGAGGAGUGAAGUCAGGAAUGUGGUCCUCCAUAUACUUCAUUGUACUCACACUCUUUGGCAACUACACGCUGUUGAAUGUUUUCUUGGCCAUCGCUGUGGACAAUCUGGCUAAUGCCCAGGAACUAACCAAGGAAGAAGAGGACGAAGAGGCUGCUUUCAAUCAGAAACAUGCUCUCCAGAAAGCAAAGGAAGUAGGGGCCAUGUCUUCCUUGAUGUCAUCAGACAGGAGGAGGAGACCCUACCUGUAUAGGAAAAGAGCGAUACACAGGAGCCGGCCUGCCUACUCUCUGGAGGAGGCUGAGAGCCUCGCCGAGGGGCCCCCAUGCCCGCCACUGAAUUCCUCUAACUCUUUCAUGUCCAGGAGGGAGAGGAGUAGACGGAUGACCAUGUCUGUGUGGGAGCAGAGAACCAGCCAACUGCGCAGGCACCGGCAGAUGUCCAACCGAGAGAUCCUCUUCAGCAACCCCAGUGAGGAGCAGGAAGCGCCCCCUGGCUGUCCACACCACCUCAAAGCAACAGGCACACCCACAGGCAGCCUGAAGCUGGCUGAUCCCACAGCUGACCCUAAGGCCUUCACAGCUAAGCCCCCAAAUCCCAUGGAGAUGCCCCAAGAGGAACCAGCCCUGUCCAUGGGUGUCCCUGAGCUCCACUUAUCCAGCCCUUUACCAGAGCCACCCGAUCCCACUGACACGCCCCUGCCUGACCCCCCCACGUCCACAGCUGUGUUCAUACCGGAGCCUACAGAAUCUGAGCCAUGCCCAGAGGGCAAGUGUGGCAUCCCCAACCACUGCCACCAAGGCCUCAAUGGCCGCAGGAGCCCCUGGUUGAAUGGGGAGAGAAGGCAGAGAGCGGUGCGUAAGUUCCGCCCUCCUGCUGGUGACACCCUGACCACUGACAUGGAAGGCAUGAGGCUCAGGAGGCCACAGGGCACAGGGCACUGUGAGGCCCAGGCUGGGGCCAGAGGCCUGGACUCACCUCAGGCGGAGGGCAGCAGUCGCUCUGUCAGCAUGGAGAGGAAGACCCCAGAGGACCCAGUGGAGGAGGUGAGGAAAGACGGUAACGAGGGAGAAACCAGGCAGCCUUCUGAGACCAGGGAGGCUGAACACAGACAGAGGGAACAUGAUCAGACUGGGGGUCCUGAGCUGCAGAACAGGGAGGAGGGUCUACUGUCAGAUCCACCCACCCUGCAGCCAUCUCAGGCUGCAGUACUGGCGCUACCAGAGGGCCCCACAGGAGACAGUGAGACCGAUAGCAACGCCACCACUCUGAACCAGUCCCCUCUGAGCUCCAGUGUUGUCAUCGAGGUGACCGAUGUCCAGUUGUCACUAGAGCUCACCCCCAUCACAGGCAACAGUAAAGACGUGGAGGCAUCCAAGCCUGAGAAGGACGAGGAAGAGGUGGCCAGCCCAGUCAAUACUGUCACACCUGACAGUAUGUUCAUCUUCAAACCUGACAACCUGAUCCGCCGGGCCUGUCACUAUGUUGUGAACCUGCGUUACUUUGAGAUGUGCAUCCUGCUGGUGAUCGCUGCCAGCAGUAUCGCCCUCGCUGCAGAGGACCCCGUUUCAGCCACCUCCGACUGGAACAAAGUUUUGCGUUACUUUGACUACGUGUUCACAGGUGUCUUUACCUUUGAAAUGAUAAUAAAGAUGAUAGACCAGGGCUUGAUUCUCCAUGACGGCUCCUAUUUCCGGGACCUGUGGAACAUUCUAGACUUUAUCGUGGUGGUCGGAGCUCUGGUGGCCUUCGCCCUCACGAAUGUGCUGGGAAAUAAUAAAGGACGGGACAUCAAAACCAUCAAGUCUCUUCGGGUGCUGCGCGUACUGAGGCCCCUGAAGACCAUCAAGAGACUACCGAAACUCAAGGCAGUGUUUGACUGUGUGGUGACCUCUCUGAAGAACGUCUUCAACAUCCUCAUCGUCUACAAGCUCUUCAUGUUCAUUUUCGCUGUCAUUGCUGUGCAGCUGUUCAAGGGGAAGUUCUUCUACUGCACUGACGGAUCCAAAGACACAGAGAAGGACUGCCAGGGCUUCUACAUCAACUAUGAGAAAGACAAGCAGGACGUGAAGAGGAGGGAGUGGAGGAGACAUGACUUUCACUAUGACAAUAUAGUCUGGGCCCUACUCACUCUGUUCACCGUCUCUACUGGGGAAGGCUGGCCACAGGUCCUGCAGCACUCUGUGGACGUGACAGAGGAGGACAGAGGACCCAGCCAGGGCAACAGGAUGGAGAUGUCCAUCUUCUAUGUCAUCUACUUUGUGGUCUUCCCCUUCUUCUUUGUCAACAUAUUUGUGGCUCUCAUCAUCAUCACCUUCCAGGAGCAGGGAGACAAGAUGAUGGAGGAGUGCAGCUUGGAGAAGAAUGAGAGGGCUUGCAUUGACUUUGCCAUAAGUGCCAAACCCCUGACCCGCUACAUGCCUCAGAACAGACAGACGUUCCAGUACCGCCUCUGGCACUUUGUGGUCUCCCCCUCCUUUGAGUACACUGUGCUGGCCAUGAUUGCACUCAACACCAUUGUCCUGAUGAUGAAGUAUUACUCAGCCCCACCAGUGUACGAGGCUAUGCUGAAACACCUGAACACAGCCUUCACUGUGCUCUUCUCUGUGGAGUGUGUCCUCAAGAUCAUGGCCUUUGGCUUUCUGAACUACUUUCGAGACACUUGGAAUAUAUUUGACUUCAUCACGGUUUUGGGCAGCAUCACAGAAAUAGUGGUGGACCUGCAGUCAAUUGAGACCUUCAACAUGGGUUUCCUGAAGCUGUUCCGAGCUGCUCGACUGAUCAAGCUGUUGAGGCAGGGUUACACCAUCCGCAUCCUGCUCUGGACCUUUGUCCAGUCCUUUAAGGCUCUCCCCUACGUCUGUCUGCUCAUUGCCAUGCUCUUCUUCAUCUAUGCAAUCAUCGGAAUGCAGGUUUUUGGAAACAUCAGACUGGAUGAGGAGACUCACAUCAACCAACACAACAACUUCAAGACCUUCUUUGGUGCUCUGAUGUUGCUAUUCAGGAGUGCCACAGGGGAGUCGUGGCAGGAGAUCAUGCUGUCAUGUUUGGGGGGGCAGAAGUGUGAGCCAGACCCCUUAGCUCUAACAUCAGACCACGAGGAGCGCUGUGGAACUGAGUUUGCCUACUUCUACUUUGUUUCCUUCAUCUUCUUCAGCUCAUUUCUGAUGCUGAAUCUGUUUGUGGCUGUGAUCAUGGACAACUUUGAGUACCUCACCCGAGAUUCUUCCAUCUUGGGGCCUCAUCAUCUGGAUGAGUUUGUUCGUAUCUGGGGUGAAUACGACCGAGCUGCUUGUGGAAGGAUUCACUAUAAGGAGAUGUACACAGUAGUACGCACUAUUUCCCCUCCCCUGGGCUUUGGAAAGAACUGCCCCUACAACGUGGCCUGCAAGAGGCUGGUGCUGAUGAACAUGCCCGUGGAUGAGGAGAUGUCUGUUCACUUCACCUCCACCCUCAUGGCCCUGAUCCGAACUGCCCUGGAGGUCAAGAUAGCCAGAGGAGGGGAGGACAGGGGGCAGAUGGAUUCAGACCUACAGAAGGAGAUCGGUAUCAUCUGGCCACACCUUUCUCAGAAGACCCUAGACCUGCUCGUCCCCAUCCACAAAGCAAAUCAUAUGACCAUUGGGAAGAUCUACGCAGCUAUGAUGAUCAUGGACUACUACAAGCAGAGCAAAGCCAAGAAGCUCAGGCAACAGCUGGAGGAGCAGAAACACGCUCCCAUGUUCCAGCGUAUGGACGCGUCCUCUCUGCCUCAGGACAUCCUCUGCAGUGCCAAAGCCCUCCCCUUUCUGACCCACAGCGCUGGAUCUGCCCUGACCAGAGGAGGGUUUGUGGCCUUGAGUCCCAUCUCCCCCCAGGAGAUGUUCAUGCAACCCAUGUCCCAGGACCUUGAGGAUAAAGAGGAGGACUACCACCACUAUCACUACCACCACCACCAGCUCCACACUCUGGUUCCGGAGCGCAAAGAGUUUAACCGCAUCCUUUGCCCUACUAACAGGCAGGAUGCCCCACUCAAGGUGCCCGGGUGGGCAGGCUCUAUCCGAGCCUCGUCUAUGCCUCAGCUGGCUGUAGACACACAGGUUGGGACAGACAGCAGCAAAUUGAUGAAACGCUCCUUCUCCACUAUUGGUGAUCAGUGCGUAAAUGGGCUGUGGCAGGAGGAGUACUCUCUGGAGAGGUUCAGUUCUGACCGUCUGUAUAGACCACGACAGAGGAGCAUCAGAGGCAUCAGGUCCAACCUCAGGGAACCAGUGGAUCAAGAGCGGGGGCGCUCCAAAGAGCGGCGCCACCUGCUGUCUCCCGACGUGUCCCGCUGCAACUCUGAGGAGCGGGGCCAGGACCCGUCACAGGAACGCAAGCAGUCCCGCUCCCCCAGCGAGGGACACGCACAUGUCCACCAUAGACAGGGCAACACUUCAGGCAGCCCAGGCCCGUCUAACUCUGAGUCCAGCACCCCCAGUGGCCGUCGGCAGCUCCCCCAGACGCCAUCGCGGCCACGCCCUCACAUCUCCUACUCCCCCCUGAUAUGCCGAGCCCCCCCCUCCCCCCCUGUUGUCAGCGAGGGCAGAGCCCGGAUCCAGGAGGCCCCUGGAGAGACGGAGGAGCCCUUGUGGAGGGAGGAAGGGGAGAAGCCAGCCCAGGUGGCAGGAGCAGGAUCGGGGGUGGGGGUGGUAGUAGGGGUGAGUGACCCAGGCUUAGGGGUCAGUCACCUACAUCCCUCCCCUCACCGGUACAUCUCGGAGCCAUACCUGCCCCUGCACGAGGAGUUCCACAGCCCAGACUCCUCAGGCCUGGAGGAGACUCUGACCUUCGAGGUGGCCAUUGCAACUAGUCUGGGUCGGGCCAACACCAUCAGCUCUGCCCCCCAGCUCAGACACAACUGGCAGGUCCCCAACGGACAAUUCCAUAAACGCCUGGGUCAGGCCAGCUCUCUGGCCGCCUGCGAGCUCCUGUGUGACACCGAUGAGGAUGACCGCUGUUAGGUCCGGUACUGGGAGAUGAAGAGGAGGAAGAUGGACAGCAAAACUGGGUACCAGAGAGACAGGGGUCCUCAGUCUGAAGUACACUGUCAGGGCGUGUACUGAGUGUGCAUCUGUCUGUGUGUGUGUUUGUAGGAGUGCAAUAUGUUUGCCAAAUCAAUAAGACAGGGAAGAUAUGGGAAGUGCACUGCUGGCGUACAGUGCAAAAGUUCACCAGUUGCAUUUUGAUUGUUGUUUGAACAAAGUCGAAUAACUGGGGAGCAUGUAUCCUCACUGCUUAGACCUAUGAAAAAAUAAUAAAUAUGUUUUAAGUACAGUAUGUAGCUGAAAAUAGCAUGUGAGCCUGAAGUAGCAGGAAUGUAUUAAAAUGGUUCUCUUUUCCUUAUAUAAGAUAAGAAGAAAGCUCUCAAUUGUUCGAUCUUUGUGGAUCAUGAAACAGUGAUUGGUGUGUAGGGAUCCGAGGCAUACAUUGGCUGUCACAUCAGACACUGCUUUAAAACAACCCAGCUAGCACAUUUGGUUGCUUGGAAAUUGUGGCAACGUAAGUUCUUGGUCCUAGCAACGAAGCCAUAAGUUUCUUCACCAGUAAAAUGCAACGUUUUUUAAACAUUCUGAGAAUGGAAGUGAAAAUUUUGUCUCUUCUGGUAAAGUACAUUUUUAGGUUGCAGAGAGGAUCUGAGAACAUUUUACUAUGGUUACCUGAAAGUUGUAUUAAUGUUUUGAGAACGUAAAUUCUAGGUAGUUUAACUGUUUUGAACUCCAAGCACAGAUAGGACACAUGGAAAUUCAUGAAGCAUUAAUCAUGCAAACACAUUUAUUUUUUAUUGUGGCACAGUGCCAGUGAGAUUCAAACCUAUAAUCUUCUGUUUUCUAUUCAUGGAAUUAAUCCACUGUGCCAGCAGGAUACAGUUAGCAUGCCAUGUUUUUUUAACUCAUACAAAGCUGUUAAUUUUAGUCUAUUCAAAAGACCCUAUUUCAAAGGAAACAAGCACUUAUUAAGAUCAGGUGUGGCCCAUUAGUGGGCGUGGUCAACACACCUGAACACACUUAAGAGUAUAGAGAGAGUUUUGUUGAUGCUGUGAACAGAAUGUACAGUAAAAAGUUUGGACACACCUACUAAUUUCUUUAUUUUGACUAUUUUCUACAUUGUAGAAUAAUAGUGAAGACAUCAAAACUAUGAAAUAACACAUAUGGAAUCAUGUAGUAACCAAAAAAGGGUUAAACAAAUCCAAAUAUAUUUUAGAUUUUCAAUUAUUCAAAGUAGCCACCCUUUGCCUUGAUAACAGCUUUGCACACUCAACCAGCUUCAUGAGGAAUGCUUUUCCAACAGUCUUGAAGGUGUUCCCACGUAUGGGGAGCACUUUUUGGCUCCUUUUCCUUCAUUCUGCGGUCCAACUCAUCCCAAACCUUCUCAAUUGUGUUGAGGUCAGGUGAUUGUGGAGGCCAGGUCAUCUGAUGCAGUACUCCAUCACUCUCCUUUUUUGUCAAAUAGCCCUUGCACAGCCUGGAGGUGUGUUCUGGGUCAUUGUCCUGUUGAAAAACAAAUGAUAGUCCCACUAAUCGCAAACCAGAUGGGAUGGCGUAUCACUGCAGAAUGUUGUGGUAGCCAUGCUGGUUAAGUGUGCCUUGAAUUCUAAAUAAAUCACCAACAGUGUCACCAGCAAAGCACCCCCACACCGUCACACAUCCUCCUCCAUGCUUCACGUUGGGAUCCACACAUGCGGAGAUCAUCCGUUCACCUACAGUACUCUGCGUCUCACAAAGAUACGGUGGUUGGAACCAAAAAUCAUAUUUCCACCGGUCUAAUGUCCAUUGCCCGUGUUUCUUGGCCCAAGCAAGUCUCUUGUUAUUAUGGGUGUCCUUUAGUAGUGGUUUCUUUGCAGCAAUUUGACCAUGAAUGCCUGAUUCCCACAGUCUCCUCUGAACAGUUGAUGUUGAGAUGUGUCUGUUACUUGAACUAUGUGAUUUAUUUGGGCUGAAAUCUGAGGCAGGUAACUCUAAUUAACUUCAUCAUAGCGCUUGACUGACCUUCAUGUCUUAACCCUUGUGAUGUCUUAAGGGUCAAAAAUGACCCGCCACUAUGUUUAACAGCAGAGAAAACCCCCUAAAUUAUAUUUUUUCAACUUGAAAUUUGAUUGAGUGACCCCAACAUUAGAAAAAGUGAAACAUUGCCUUUGUUCAUAUUUCCAUGUAAGCUGUACACCACCAGGGUACAAUGAUUAUCUAAUAGGCUGACCACAUCGCUCGCGUCUGCGUUGCCAACGUCUAAAAUAGAAAUCGGUUCUAUUUCUGACGCAGAUCGUGCUGCAAGUCCUGCCUCUCCCAUCGGUUUGUAGAAGCAGGUACCCACGUGCCAUCUCCUCAUUGGUUAUACCCACAUGGGUGACUGAAGACGAACGAGGUCAGUGGCGGUAAUGCACCUAAUUUAUGAAAGUUGCCAAUCGCAAUAUAAAGUAAAGAGACGAAAAAGCCUGGAAGGAAGAGAGAUGACUGGAAACGAUUCUGUUGACCGUUUUAUGUGUGGAUUAAUUGUCAGAGUAGAGGGCCUUGGGAAUUUCAGGUAAAAUAACAACUCAAUGUUUAUAUCCCAGGACAAAUUGGGCUAGCAACAGCAACCUAGCUAAAUCGGGCAAAUUAGCUAGCAAGUGCAAGCUAGCUAGCUAAAUUGCCAUACAUGUUUGAUGCUUUUCGACCUGUCCCCAAAUUAAUGUAAUUGGUUCAGAGUUUGUUUUGAUAUUUUAACCUGUGUGUCGUGAUCGCGUUUGGUGUGGGGGGGCAAAAUACAUUUAUGCACGAUGGCGCACGCGCGCAGCCGGUUUGGAUUCUGUGUUUGGGUCAUUUUUGACCCGGCAGUUCUAAAAUAAUUUACACACCACAAAAAAACACAAAGACACACACACACACAAAAUGAGAAAUUGGGAUUAUGUGCUACUGAUUGAACUCAGACAAAACUUUCUUGUGCAUGUGCAGCAUCUCCCCUCCACGACCCCACACAUGACUCAAGUUCACAGACAAAAUAAAAACAAUUUCAGACAAAAUAAAAAUUUCUUGAAAGCAUUGUUAACUAAUGCAGUCGGAGGCUAUAAAGGUGCUGCAGAUGACAGUCCCCCCAGUUCUCUCUUUGCUAAAGCCAUGAGUGCACGUUUCAGUGCCCAACAGGUCAUAGAUCUGAGGAACAAGAGACCAAUGAUUUAGAAGAGGAGGAGGUAUCUGAAGAAGAAGAUGGGGAAGAAUACAACCCAGAGCAUGAUGCAUCAUCUUCAGAUGAAGAAGAAAUCCCCCAAGCUGAAAGAGAGACAUUUUUGUCAAAGAACAGCAAAAUAACAUGGUCCUUGUCACCAUAUGACAACCAGGCCAGGAUAGAAGCACAAAAUGUCAUAAGGAUGACCCCAGGGCCCACAAGACAUGCAGUUGCCCAUGCCCAGGACAUCGCCUCAACAUUCUACAUGUUCAUCCCACCAGCCAUCGAAAAAAUCAUCCCGGAGAUGAAAAUAUGGAGGGUUUUCGUAAAUAUGAAGACAACUGGAAAAGGAUGGAUGAGAUUGACCUGCGUGCCUACAUAGGGCUGCUAAUCUUAGCUGUGUAUAGGUCCCGAGGCGAGGCUACGUGUAGUCUCUGGGAUGCAGAGAGUGGAAGGGCGAUUUCCCGUGCCACGAUGCCACUGGAAGUCUUUCCCGCUUUCUCAAGAAUACUACGAUUUGAUAACCGUGAGAUCUGCAAAACCUGUGAGAGACAAACUGAGAGGUCUGGGAGAAGUGGGUGGAGCGUACCUCUACAACCCUGGGCCUGAAGUAACAGUGGAUGAGCAACUGGUUCCAUUCAGAGGUACAUUUUUAUUUCCAUAUCUGUAAUGUAAGUGAUUUUCACUUUUAGUUUUAUUGUGUAUUGCUGUAAUAUCAUUGAUUUAUGUGAUUGUUUUCUGUGACACUGAUACUAAUUACUGAUCGUAAUCUCUUUUGUCAAAAGGUUGCUGUCCUUUCCGGUAGUAUAUGCCCAACAAGCCAGCUAAGUAUGGCAUCAAGAUAUGGGUGGCCUGUGACGCAUAAUUCCAGCUACGCUGUAAGAUGCAAGUCUACACAGGGAAGCCGAGCAGUGGAGGCCCGGACAAGAACCAACCGAUGCGGAUUGUGCUUGAUGUGACAAAUGGAGUGAGGGGGCACAAUGUCACGUGUGACAAUUUCUUCACCUCUUAUGAACUCAGCCAGCAGCUCCUGAAGAGGGAGAUCACCAUGAUUAGAAAGUUAGAAAGAACCAAUUUGAAAGAACAAGCCUGAUCUCCCCCUGCACUCCUCGCAACAUGGGGGAGAGAGGCCUUCUCAUCAAAGUUUGCCUUCAACCCCACUCUAGUUUCUUACCUCCCAAAGAGGAACAAGAAUGUGGUCCUCCUGAGCACACUGCACAAAACGGCUGAGAUCAGUGAUCCAUGAGGACAGGAAGCCAGCCAUCAUCCUGGACUACAACCACAACAAAGGAGGCAUGUACAACCUGGACAUGGUGAUUGGAACUUACAGCUGCAGGAGGAUGACUGCCUGCUGGCCCCUGGUCAUCUUCCAUAACUUCAUUGAUGUGUCCUCAUACAAUGCCUUCAUGAUAUGGAACAAGAUCAACCCUACCUGGAUGCCUGAUAAGCGGAACAAGAGGAGGGUGUUCCUGGAGUAGCUGGGAAAUUGCACUUGUAACCCCACACUUUCAAAGAAGGGAGUGCCUCCCCCGCACAGCAGCCUCUGCAGCACUUGUGAAAGCUGUUCAGUGGGCUGAAUCUUGUCCUGAUCCACCGGAGGCUGUAGCUGGGGCAGGCAGGAGGAGGAGACGCCAAUUCUGCUCCCCAAAGAAGGACUGUAAAACAAAUACUAUCUGCUGCACAUGUGAGAAAUACAUCUGCAAAGUCCAUGCACACACACUUGCAUACUGUCCUACAUGUGCUAAUUAGAGUUGUUAUGUUCUUCACGUUUUUGUUUUGUAUCUAUUAUCUUAUUGUAUUCUUAUUUAUUGUUGUUGUUUAUACACCUUGUGGUUCCAAAAAUGUGAGAAGACUAGUAUUUUGCAGUUGAAUUCUUUAUUGUACAGUAUAAGAAUAUAUCACUAUGUUGCCAAAAAAGUUAUGUUGUUUCCCUUCAAUAAAAUGCAUUCAAAACUACUUUCUGCACAUUUCUGUUACUUUCUUAGGCUAUACAAGUGCUAUCUCUUGCAAAAAAAACAUGUUUACACCUAUGCAGUACCUUUAGCAGUAAUAAUAAUAAUAAACCUCUACUUUAGUAAAGAAAACAAUUAUGACAGGUGUGUUGUAAUAAAAACGAGUGGUGUCCACUGAUUAAAUGCAAUCAGUCUUUCUGCAUUGUGAAGAGGGAAACCACAGAUAUUCACAAAGUUUGUGAUGAAUGACAGGUUGUUUCUUCAUGCAAAAUAGAUUUGGAGUUUAAAAUUCAAUUAAGCGGCUUUAUUUCAGGGGUUUAGUGAAGGCGGGUAAUUUUUUACCCUUAGGACAAGGGGAGUAUACAGAAUGUUAAGACUACACGAGGGAUGUCUUAAAGUAAUGAUGGACUGUCGUUUCUCUUUGCUUAUUUGAGCUGUUCUUACCAUGAUAUGGACUUGGUCUUUUACCAAAUAGGGAUAUCUUCUGUAUACCACCCCUACCUUGUCACAACACAACGGAUUGCCUCAAAUGCAUUAAGGAAAGAAAUUUCACAAAUAAACUUUUAACAAGGCACACCUGUUAAUUGAAAUGCAUUCCAUGUGACUACCUCAUGAAGCUGGUUGAGAGAAUACCAAGAGUGUGCAAAGCUGUCAUCAAGGCAAAGGGUGGCUAUUUUGAAGAAUAUAAAAUAUAUUUUGAUUUGUUUAACACCUUUUUGGUUACUACAUGAUUCCAUGUGUGUUAUUUCAUAUUUUUGAUGUCUUCACUAUUAAUCUACAAUGUAGAAAAUAGUCAAAAUAAAGAAUAUCCUUUGACUGAGUAGGUGUGUCCAAACUUUUGACUGGUACUGUAUAUGUUUUUAAAUAACAUUCUCAGAAUGAUCUUGGAACUAGUGAUGGGGAAACUAAGCUUCCUGAAGCAUUGCACAUUUCCAGCCAAUUGAGUCAAAAAUAGGUGAAUUAUUCGAAGCUUUGAUCAACACGUUGUACACUAGUGGCACCUGCUGGUCAAAAUAAUUUAGAACUGCCAAAUUAUUAUAGAUGAAGUCCCACACGCCGUAUCUCGUGUGCAGGGUAGCGUUUUUGUCUUCUAUCAAAACCAAUACCAAACCAAUCAGGUGGUUGCUCGAAAAAAACAACGUUUCGGACGUCAUUGAUCCCGUGCUUCUGAUAAAGUGAGACAAGCAUUGGCGCACUGCUUCUAAGUAAACUGUUUAGCAAUUUCGACGCAUGCCUCUGAACGUAACAUUACUACUUUGAGCAUUGCUAAUGUUUUCUUGUGCUUUUUAUGGAAAGUUUUCUUAAUGUUCUGAGAACAUUUGGGGUGGCAGGUAGCCUAGUGGUUAGAGCGUUGGGCUAGUAACCGAAAUGGUUGCUAGAUCAAAUCCCCAAGCUGACAAGGCAGUUAACCCGCUGUUCCUACGCUGUCGUUGUAAAUAAGAAUUUGUUCAUAACUGACUUACCUGGUUAAAAAAUAAAAACAUGACAUUAAAGAGAACCAUGAGGAAACCUUCAGGAUAUUUUAGGCUGAAAGUAGUGAAAUUCCCAAAGAAUACGUUCUGAGAACAUUACUUUAAAUAGAACCAUGAGGAAACCUGUAGAAAGUGUUAUACAGAAAUUCCUACAGAAGAAUGUUGUUUCGUAACAUUCUCUGAACAAUUUGAGAACAUUACUUUAAAUAGAACCAUGUGGAAAUGUCAUGCUGAAGAAAUACAGUGAUUGUACAAAACAUUAAGGACACCUUCCUAAUAUUGUGUACACUCAAUGUAAAUGUCUCUCAGAAUGUAUGUGCUAGCUGGGUAUACUGCACCAUUCCCAGAACCUUGUGGGAAGGUUGGGAAGGUAUGCAAAAUAACCAUAGGACAACCACGCUCUAAGAAACAUAUGGUUCUCAGAAUGUUAUGUUAUAUGGGACCCGUUAAGCAAGGACAUGACCUUUCCCUGAUAGAUACUGUACGUAACCAGAGCUCUGGGGCUUUGAACCCUCUAAAGUGAGGUGUUCCAGUGUCAUUCCAUGUCAAAUCUCUAGAUUUAAUGGUGGGUAUGUCCUUGUGUGACCUUCAGUGUGUCUCUGGACAGAGGACCCACUGCCAUGCUGGUGUCUGUCAAUGUCACCUCAUUGGAUUAAGCAUGAUUACCACGUUGAGUACUUGAGAGAGGGCCAGCCCUGAACUAUAGACCCUCAGUGGACAGCAGCAAGACUGGCCUCUCCUACAGAAUUAUAUGGAAACUACAGACAUAGUGUAAUGUUCAUGUGCUGGAUACUGCUGUCAUGUCCAUAGUCUGGAAAACCAGACCCUGUUAAAGACAUGCUCUGGAAACAUUGGCGACUACUAAGUAUUUUUUAAACCUCCCACUCUGGGCUGGAUGUGUUAAUGUGUAGAUCAUACAUGCAUAAUCUAUGAGCAAUUAGCCACAAAAUCCCUAGUUUGGAAGCAACUGUUUUUCUGGAAGCUGUGCUGUGCCAUUUUUCCUACAUUUUCCCCCACGAGAGCCAUCCCCCUAGUAAUUUGAGUUCAAUCAAUGAUCUUCAGUCCCUCGCCAUUUGAGUGAUCACACAGCAGAGCGAGAGAGAGAGAGCAAAGACGUGGUGCACAUAUGAGACAUAGUACGCAAUUUUCGGGGACCACUUUUGGCUCGUAAGAACUACUGGCUAAAAAGAACUACUGGCUAAAAAGAACUACUGGCUAAAAAGAGAACUACUGGCUAAAAAGUAAACACAAGUACUGGACAAUCUCUUUAAGCUGGAGCAUUUGAAAAUUAUGUGAGACAACUCGGAUUUCUACAAAGUCUACAAAGCCAUUUUUCCUGUAAAUAGAAUCAGGUGUCUUGAGGUUGUUUCCUUUUGUGUAAUGAAUCUUAUCUGUCAUUUGAUGCAAAUUAUUUCAACAUGGAUAUUUUUAUGGAUGAUUCCUAACUAUGAUUUAUUUUUAAGUUAACUGCCAUGUCAUUCAACACUGACCGAGUCCGUUUUUGCUAACAGGUUUACAGUGCUGUAUAAAACUAGAUUUUACCCUGAUACAGCUCUGUGUUGUAGCAACAUUAUGAUGGUUAUGAGGAUGGUGAUGGUGAUAGUGAUAACAUGUGCCUGCCUGUGAGUAGGGUGACUCAGUGCAGUUGACGGAUCCAUGUCCACUCAGUGGCGUUCUCUCUCAUCAGACCCCAACAGAAUUAUGUUUACGCGUGGUUUUUAAGCCCAGCAUUUGAACAUUUCCACUUUUCAACAUUACAGCUUUUGAACAGUGAUUGUUCCCCAAAAGAUAGCUUAUAUUAUAUCACAUGCCGUGUUGUAACUUGUUUUGUGGACAUAUUUCUGAAAUGUGAAUAGGAAGUAUUUGGUCCAAUGUUCUACUGGCCUUUACGGGCCCACUGCUCUGUGGAACAUGAGUUUUAUGUUGCUAUUGAAUUUCUGGUAUUGAAAAUAAAAAGCUUUCUGGUA